AUGGACGACAAGAGGCUACCUAAACGACUCUUCCACGAAGAUGUCGCCAGGGGUUCCCGACAAGUCCGUCGCUCCAAGGACAUUCUGAAUACUUCCCUGAAGCGUCUGUAGGUCAACCCGGCCAACUGGAAUGACAUCGACCGACCGACAGGGAGGAGGACAGCGAAGACAAACGCAGCGAUCUACGAAGCCAACCGCAUCAUCGCCGCGAAGAUAAUCGCACAGCUCGCAAAUCCCAACUGUGCCCACCUCGCAUCGCCAACGCUCAACCACCCCCUACCUGUCCCUGCUGCCAGCUGACGUUCCGGACACCAACAUAUUUUGAAGGACAUCUUCGUGCCAACUGCAGCACUCGGACUACACCAGCUACUGUCUCAUCGUCCAGUUCUGCCUCAUUCUCCACGCCGACAAGUAACACUGGCUGCAAUCCCGAACCCCACCAUCCUCCUCCUCCUCCUCCUCCUCCUCCCCUCCUUCCUCUCCUCCUUCUUCUUCUUCUUCAUUAUCAUCAUCAUCUUCUUCUUCUCCUCAUGCUCCUUCUCCGCCGUCAACUAAUGCACCUCCUCCUCCAUUGCCUUGAGACCCGCUACGGCGGCUGUUCUAUUCACCACCAUUGCACACAAUUCUGA